AGAUGUGUGUAAUAUAUCUAUGAAUGUCUGUAAUCUAGCUUCUCUUCUCUCGAUUACUUUCUCUCUCUAACUUCUCUCUCCCCUUUCCCAUUCUCAUUCUUCUUUUUCCAGGGGAAUUUGAUGUUUUGACAGUGUGCAAGGUAGAUCUGGAGUGGAGAGGGAGGGGGAGUGUCAAAUUUUUCAUUUUAAUUCAUUCUCAAUCUUCAACUUAAUUGUGAAUCUUGAAGUGAAGUUAAAAAAAGAUGGCAGCUACACUAGCUUGGAGAUAUGCUGGCACUAAUGGCAGUACUCUUGCUACUACUGACAUGGAAAAAAAUGGGGAUGCAAAAUUUCAAGAUUUGGAGCCCCCAACACCACAUUCAGCUAUAAAGAUGGGUUUGAGAGAUCGUAGUAGUAGCAUGGAGGAUCCAGAUGGGACAUUAGCAAGUGUUGCACAAUGCAUUGAACAGCUGCGGCAGAGUUCCUCAUCCGUACAAGAGAAAGAGUAUUCCUUAAGGCAGUUGCUAGAUCUUAUUGAAACGAGGGAAAAUGCCUUCAGUGCUGUUGGAUCUCACUCUCAAGCUGUUCCAGUGCUUGUUUCUCUUCUUCGAUCGGGAUCUCUUGGGGUGAAGAUACAGGCUGCUACUGUUUUAGGCUCUCUCUGUAAGGAGAAUGAGCUGAGAGUAAAAGUCUUGCUUGGAGGAUGCAUUCCACCUUUACUUGGACUCCUAAAAUCUAACUCUGCAGAUGGUCAAAUUGCAGCGGCAAAGACAAUAUUUGCUGUCUCUCAAGGAGGAGCUAGAGAUCAUGUUGGGUCAAAAAUAUUUUCCACUGAAGAAGUUGUGCCAGUUCUCUGGGAGUUGCUCCGAAAUGGGCUCAAGAGUGGCAAUUUGGUUGAUAACUUAUUAACUGGAGCACUAAAAAACCUCUCUAGUAGCACUGAGGGAUUUUGGUCUUCAACGAUACAAGCUGGAGGGGUGGAUAUACUUGUUAAGCUGCUCACAACGGGACAGUCCGACACUCAAGCUAAUGUCUGCUUUCUUCUUGCAUGUAUGAUGAUGGAAGAUGCAUCUAUUUGCUCUAAAGUACUGGCUGCUGAAGCUACCAAACAACUGCUCAAGCUAAUAGGAUCUGGUAAUGAAGCCCCCGUAAGAGCAGAAGCAGCAGGUGCUCUUAAGUCUCUUUCUGCACAGUGUAAAGAAGCAAGACGAGAGAUAGCAAAUCAUAAUGGCAUUCCUGUUUUAAUAAAUGCUACAAUAGCUCCCUCAAAAGAGUUCAUGCAGGGUGAGUAUGCCCAAGCAUUACAGGAGAAUGCCAUGUGUGCUCUCGCAAACAUUUCUGGUGGUUUAUCAUACGUAAUCUCUAGCCUUGGUCAAAGCCUUGAAUCGUGCUCUUCACCUGUCCAGACUGCUGAUACUUUAGGGGCUUUAGCUUCAGCGCUGAUGAUCUAUGAUAGCAAAGCUGAAUUCACUAGGGCAUCAGAACCUGUGUCUAUUGAGCAGACUUUGGUUCAGCAGUUCAAGCCUCGCUUACCAUUUCUUGUGCAGGAGCGUACUAUUGAAGCAUUAGCCAGUUUAUAUGGGAAUGCCGUACUUUCAGUUAAAUUAGUGAACUCAGAUGCAAAACGGUUGCUUGUUGGUUUGAUCACAAUGGCCACUAAUGAAGUUCAGGAUGAGCUUGUAAGAGCUCUUCUUACACUUUGCAACAAUGAAGGUAGCUUGUGGCGUGCACUCCAAGGUCGUGAAGGAGUUCAAUUGUUAAUAUCUCUUCUCGGGCUUUCAUCAGAACAACAGCAAGAAUGUGCAGUUGCAUUGCUUUGCCUUCUAUCUAACGAAAAUGAUGAAAGUAAAUGGGCCAUCACCGCUGCUGGUGGUAUUCCUCCACUGGUUCAAAUUCUCGAAACUGGUUCUGCCAAAGCCAAAGAAGAUUCUGCCACAAUCCUUAGAAACCUAUGCAACCACAGUGAAGAUAUACGUGCAUGCGUUGAAAGUGCUGAUGCCGUUCCUGCAUUAUUAUGGCUACUUAAAAAUGGAAGUGCAAAUGGGAAAGAAAUUGCAGCCAAGACUUUAAAUCAUUUAAUCCAUAAAUCUGAUACGGCAACUAUCAGCCAGCUCACUGCAUUGUUGACCAGUGAUCUGCCUGAAUCCAAAGUGUAUGUUUUGGAUGCAUUAAGAAGUAUGCUUUCUGUGGUUCCCUUGAGCGAUAUAUUACGGGAAGGCAGUGCUUCAAAUGAUGCAAUCGAGAUAAUGAUUAAGAUAUUGAGCUCUACUAAAGAAGAGACACAAGCCAAGUCUGCCUCAGCUUUGGCUGGUAUUUUUGAAGUCAGGAAGGACAUGCGUGAAAGUAGUAUUGCUGUUAAAACUCUUUGGUCAGUGAUGAAGUUGCUGAACGUUGAAUCUGAAAAAAUCUUGGUAGAAUCAUCUCGCUGCCUUGCUUCCAUUUUUCUUUCAAUUAAAGAGAACCGAGAUGUGGCGGCUGUUGCUCGAGAUGCAUUGUCUCCUUUAGUGAUGCUUGCUAGAUCUUCAGCUCUGGAAGUUUCAGAGCAAGCAAUAUGCGCUCUGGCAAAUCUCAUGUUAGAUAGUGAAGCUUCAGAGAGAGCAAUUCCUCAAGAAAUUAUACUGCCUGCAACCAGGGUUUUGCGUGAGGGGACAGUUUCUGGAAAAACUCAUGCGGCAGCAGCAAUUGCUCGUCUGCUUCGUUCCCGAAAAAUUGAUAUUGCUGUAACUGAUUGUGUUAAUGGAGCUGGAACAGUCCUUUCAUUAGUUUCAUUUUUAGAAUCUGGUAAUGGCAUAUCUAUUGCCACAUCAGAGGCACUAGAUGCUCUUUCUAUUUUGUCAAGGUCUGAAGGGGCCAGUGAGCAUGUUAAACCUGCAUGGGCAGUUCUAGCGGAAUUCCCAAAAAGUAUAAACCCAAUAGUUUUGUCUAUUGCAGAUGCGUCACCUUUGUUGCAGGAUAAGGCUAUUGAAAUUUUGUCUCGACUUUGCCGAGAUCAGCCUGUUGUCUUGGGCGAUGCAGUUGCUAAUGCCUCUGGAUGUAUACAUUCAGUUGCUAGAAGGGUAAUCAGUUCCACAAACCCAAGGGUCAAAAUUGGGGGAGCUGCGCUUCUUAUUUGUGCUGCGAAAGUUAGCCACCAGAGAGUGGUGGAAGAUCUUAAUCAAUCAAAUACAUGUGCCCAUAUAAUUCAGUCACUUGUUGGAAUGCUUAAUUUUGCUGAGACUUCUUUGGGUACUCAGGGUGAUGAUGUAAAGGAGGCUAUAAGUAUCUCAAGGCAUGUUAGGGAAGAAUCUGGAAAUGGUGACUCUAAUGCAGGAACGGAAGUUGUUUACGGUUGUAACUUAGCCAUAUGGCUACUCGCUGUCCUUGCCUGUCAUGAUGAAAAAAGCAAAACCGUGAUAAUGGAUGCUGGAGCUGUUGAGGUUCUCACAGAGAGAAUCUCACAUUGUUAUAUGCAAUAUAGUCAGAAUGAAUUUAUUGAGGAUAACAGCAUAUGGAUUUGUGCUUUAUUGCUAGCGAUACUGUUUCAAGAUAGAGACAUCAUACGUGCAAAUGCAACCAUGAAGUCUAUACCAGUUCUUGCAAAUAUGUUGAAGUCAGAGGAGUCUGCUAACAGAUAUUUUGCUGCUCAAGCAAUUACAAGUCUUGUGUGUAAUGGUAGUAGGGGUACUCUUUUGUCUGUUGCCAAUUCAGGGGCAGCAGGUGGUCUUAUCUCUUUACUUGGCUGUGCUGAUGUUGAUAUAGCUGACCUCCUGGAAUUAUCAGAGGAGUUUGCUUUGGUGCAUUAUCCAGACCAAGUUGCUCUUGAGAGAUUGUUCAGAGUUGAGGACAUAAGGAUUGGAGCUACUUCUCGAAAAGCCGUACCUGCCCUUGUAGAUCUGCUCAAACCAAUUCCGGAUCGCCCUGGGGCACCUUUUCUAGCUCUAGGUCUUCUGACUCAGCUUGCAAAAGACUGUCCAUCAAAUAAGAUUGUAAUGGUGGAAUCAGGUGCUUUGGAAGCGCUGACUAAGUAUCUUUCACUUGGUCCCCAAGAUGCAACUGAGGAAGCUGCAACUGAUCUAUUAGGGAUUCUCUUUAGCAGUGCUGAAAUUAGGAGGCAUGAAUCUGCAUUUGGUGCUGUCAGUCAACUUGUAGCAGUCUUACGUUUAGGUGGAAGAGGUGCAAGGUACAGUGCUGCUAAAGCAUUGGAAAGCCUAUUUUCUGCUGACCACAUCAGAAAUGCGGAGUCUUCCAGGCAAGCUGUCCAACCCUUGGUGGAGAUCCUUAAUACUGGUAUGGAGAAAGAACAGCAUGCUGCAAUUGCUGCAUUGGUCAGGUUAUUGAGCGAAAACCCAUCAAGAGCUCUGGCAGUUGCAGACGUUGAGAUGAAUGCAGUUGAUGUGCUUUGCCGGAUCCUCUCCUCUAAUUGUUCAGUAGAGCUGAAAGGCGAUGCUGCAGAGUUAUGCGGUGUCCUUUUUGGAAAUACACGAAUCAGGUCCACAAUGGCUGCAGCACGCUGUGUUGAGCCUCUGGUUUCUCUCCUUGUUACCGAGUUCAGUCCUGCUCAGCAUUCAGUUGUUCGCGCACUUGACAAACUUGUUGAUGAUGAACAACUGGCAGAAUUAGUUGCUGCACAUGGUGCAGUUAUUCCUCUUGUUGGCCUUCUCUAUGGUAGGAAUUACAUGCUUCAUGAGGCUAUUUCCAGAGCACUAGUGAAGUUGGGGAAAGACAGACCUGCUUGUAAAAUGGAAAUGGUAAAAGCUGGAGUAAUUGAAAGCAUACUUGAUAUUCUGCAUGAAGCGCCAGAUUUUCUCUGUGCUUCAUUUGCAGAGUUGCUUAGAAUAUUGACCAAUAACGCUAGCAUUGCUAAGGGACCGUCUGCUGCAAAAGUUGUUGAACCCCUUUUCUUGCUGCUAACAAGACCAGAAUUUGGGCCUGAUGGGUUGCAUAGUGCCUUACAAGUUCUAGUUAACAUUCUGGAGCAUCCACAAUGUCGUUCUGACUACACCCUAAGCUCUCGCCAGGUGAUUGAUCCACUCAUUCCCUUGCUUGAUUCCGCAGCCCCAGCAGUCCAGCAGUUAGCUGCUGAGCUUCUAUCUCAUCUGCUCCUGGUAGAACAUCUUCAGAAGGAUCCAGUGACAGAGCAGGUUAUUGGUCCCCUCGUACGAGCUCUUGGUUCUGGCACACACAUCUUGCAGCAGAGAGCUGUCAAGGCCCUUGUUAGCAUUGCACUAACAUGGCCCAAUGAGAUCGCAAAGGAAGGAGGUGUCACUGAGCUAUCCAAGGUGGUAUUACAAGCUGAUUCAUCUCUUCCCCAUGUCUUGUGGGAGUCAGCUGCUUCUGUAUUAGCUAGCAUUUUGCAGUUUAGUUCUCAGUUUUAUUUGGAAGUGCCUGUUGCUGUGUUGGUAAAGUUGCUCCGUUCUGGCUCAGAAAGCACUGUGGUUGGUGCUCUGAAUGCCCUUUUGGUGUUAGAAAGUGAUGAUGGAACUAGUGCUGAAGCAAUGGCUGAAAGUGGUGCUAUAGAAGCUCUUUUGGAACUUCUCAGAUGUCAUCAGUGUGAGGAAACAGCUGCAAGGCUGCUGGAAGUCUUACUCAACAACGUGAAAAUCAGAGAUUCGAAAGUUACUAAAGCUGCAAUCUUGCCCUUAUCCCAGUACCUCUUGGAUCCACAAACUCAAGCACAACAGGCAAGGCUACUGGCAACUUUGGCUCUUGGAGAUCUAUUUCAGAAUGAGAGCUUGGCUCGAAGUGCGGAUGCAGUUUCAGCUUGUCGUGCACUAGUCAAUGUGCUUGAAGAGCAGCCUACAGAAGAAAUGAAAGUCGUGGCGGUAUGUGCUUUGCAGAACCUUGUUAUGUGCAGCCGAUCUAACAAAAGAGCAGUUGCUGAGGCUGGUGGUGUUCAGGUUGUAUUAGAUCUGAUUGGUUCAGGCGAUUUAGAGACAUCUGUUCAGGCUGCAAUGUUUAUUAAACUUCUCUUCUCCAAUCACACCAUUCAGGAGUAUGCUUCCAGUGAAACAGUCAGAGCUAUUACUGCUGCUAUUGAAAAGGAGUUAUGGGCCACUGGUACUGUGCAUGAGGAAUAUCUAAAAGCUCUUAAUUCUCUCUUCAGCAACUUCCCACGCCUUAGAGCCACUGAGCCUGCGACACUCAGUAUACCACAUUUGGUAACAGCACUCAAGACCGGCUCAGAAGCAACUCAAGAAGCUGCCUUAGAUGCACUUUUUCUUCUCAGGCAGGCUUGGUCAGCAUGUCCAGCUGAAGUUUCAAGAGCUCAAUCCAUUGCUGCAGCCGAUGCUAUUCCUUUGUUGCAAUACCUGAUUCAGACUGGCCCACCCCGAUUCCAGGAGAAGGCUGAAUUUCUAUUACAGUGUUUACCUGGAACACUGGUGGUUAUCAUCAAACGUGGAAACAACAUGAAGCAGUCGGUAGGAAAUCCAAGUGUAUAUUGCAAACUUACACUUAGCAAUACUCCCCCUAAACAAACAAAGGUUUUAUCAACCGGACCUAAUCCAGAAUGGGAUGAGAGCUUUGCAUGGUCCUUUGAGAGUCCUCCAAAAGGCCAGAAGCUUCAUAUAUCUUGCAAAAAUAAGAGCAAGAUGGGGAAGAGCUCUUUCGGAAAAGUAACGAUCCAGAUUGAUCGAGUUGUAAUGCUAGGAACAGUUGCUGGGGAGUAUACUCUAUUACCAGAAAGCAAAUCAGGACCAUCAAGAAAUUUGGAAAUUGAAUUCCAGUGGUCUAACUAGUGACAUUCUUCAUAAAGUAAGAAUUACUCCGGCCAUUUAAUUGAAUCUUUAGAGAGAAAAGUUUGUGCCAGUAUAGUGUUUUUUUUUUUACAUAAAAAAUUUAUUUACAAAUUGAGUUUAUUGAUCAUUUAGGUGUAAAUAGUUUGCAAAAGGUUUUGAUUGUUGUAACUUGAAGUCAUAAAAAGUGUAAUUUGUACCAUAUGGACAGACAAAUCAAAUCUUUGUAAUUUUUGUACCGAAAUACUUGUGUGGUUGUCAAUUCGAAAGCUAAAUAAUUGUGUUGUUUGUGGAUUCUAA